GGCCGUGCCCGCGCGCCCAGCGCCCAGGUCUGGGCAGCCCGCUGCCAGGCAGCUGGGAGCUGCGGCCGGCGCUCGGAUCUCGCCUGCCGGGUUCUUUCCCUCGCCUGCUCGGGAUGGCUGGCUACCUGCGGGUCGUACGCUCGCUCGGCAGAGCCUCGGGCUCCGGGCCGGCCUGGGCGCCGGCAGCCCUGACAGGCCCCAACUUGCAGGACCCGCCGCGGCGCCACUAUGCCGACAAGAGGAUCAAGGUGGCGAAGCCGGUGGUGGAGAUGGACGGCGAUGAGAUGACCCGUAUUAUCUGGCAGUUCAUCAAGGAGAAGCUCAUCCUGCCCCAUGUGGAUGUCCAGCUCAAGUAUUUCGACCUGGGGCUCCCACACCGUGACAAGACUGAUGACCAGGUCACCAUCGACUCCGCGUUGGCCACCCAGAAGUACAGCGUGGCCGUCAAGUGUGCCACCAUCACCCCUGAUGAGGCCCGAGUGGAAGAGUUCAAGCUGAAGAAGAUGUGGAAGAGUCCCAAUGGAACCAUCCGGAACAUCCUCGGUGGGACUGUCUUCCGGGAGCCCAUCAUAUGCAAAAACAUCCCCCGCCUUGUCCCUGGAUGGACCAAGCCCAUCACCAUUGGCAGGCACGCCCACGGCGACCAGUACAAGGCCACAGACUUUGUAGCUGAUCGGGCCGGCAAGUUCAAGAUGGUCUUCACCCCGAAGGAUGGCAGCAGUCCUAAAGAGUGGGAGGUGUACAACUUCCCCGCUGGCGGCGUGGGCAUGGGCAUGUACAACACCGACGAGUCUAUCUCGGGUUUUGCACAUAGCUGCUUCCAGUAUGCUAUCCAGAAGAAGUGGCCGCUGUACAUGAGCACCAAGAACACCAUCCUGAAAGCCUACGACGGGCGCUUCAAGGACAUCUUCCAGGAGAUCUUUGAGAAGCACUACAAGACCGACUUCGACAAGAAUAAGAUCUGGUACGAGCAUCGGCUCAUUGAUGACAUGGUGGCUCAGGUCCUCAAGUCUUCAGGCGGUUUUGUGUGGGCCUGCAAGAACUACGAUGGAGACGUGCAGUCGGACAUCCUGGCCCAGGGCUUUGGUUCCCUUGGCUUGAUGACGUCCGUGCUGGUCUGCCCAGAUGGGAAGACCAUUGAGGCCGAGGCUGCUCAUGGGACAGUCACCCGCCAUUAUCGGGAGCACCAGAAGGGCCGGCCUACCAGCACCAACCCCAUUGCUAGCAUCUUUGCCUGGACGCGUGGCCUGGAGCACCGGGGGAAGCUGGACGGGAACCAGGACCUCAUCAGGUUUUCCCAGACCCUGGAGAAGGUGUGUGUUCAGACGGUGGAGAGCGGAGCCAUGACCAAGGACCUGGCGGGCUGCAUCCAUGGCCUCAGCAAUGUGAAGCUGAACGAGCACUUCCUGAACACCUCGGACUUCCUGGACACCAUCAAGAGCAACCUGGACAAAGCCCUCGGCCAGUAGUAGCAAGGCGGGGCAUCCGCCCGGCCACUGUGAUUGACACCGGUCCUCUGACACGCAGGAGGGUGAGCCUCACGGCCCUCGCAGGAGGCCUUUCUAGGGGACAUUUUUUAUAAGCAAGAUGUUUUUAAAAGUCUCUCUGUGUUUCCCCUCAUGGUGACGUGAGGCAGGAACAGUGUGUUUUACCUCAGCCAGUCAGUAUGUUUUGCAUACUGUAAUUUAUAUUGCCCUUGGAACACACGGUGCCAUAUUUAGCUACUAAAAUAUCUUCACAAAACCGUCUGCUGUGUUUGUCCCUCAGGGGAAGGAGGCAGCUGGGGCCUAGAGGCAGAGAACCCCCCCCCCCAGAGGGCUGGGGGGCUCCACUAGGGACAGACUGGAGUGCCUCAGGCCACAACAGGCCUGUGUCCCAGGCUCCAUCCAGUCAGGGGGCCACCAGGAGGGGAGGGGACCAGGCAGCAGGGUGGGCCUCCUUCAUUCUAUGGAAGCAGCCCAAGGAGCCACUGCAACUCUAGGGGGGCACAGGCCUGUGGGUUCCCUGAAAUUCCCUAGCACGAUCCGGUUCCUGUAUCAUGUUCUCCAUUUUGGGGUUAACACGUCUCGAUAGAUUCAGGUUGUUUGUUUAUUUAUUUAUUUCUGUGUUGGUUUUAACCUUCUAAACAUCUCCAGAUCUCUUUGCCCUUUUUCUUGGCAUUAAAAACAGGCCUCACUCAGCA